AUGGCGCACCUGGCGAAAGGUGCAGUCUGCGAUUUCACUGCGCGCAUGCACAUGCCACGUGCAGCCUUGCCAGUGACCUGCUUCGAUUACGAGCUGAACCAGCAGCUGGCGAGCCCAGAUUCGGCGCACACGUCCGACGCUCGCUUUCCUGGCAGUAGCCGAAGAGCCAGAAGCGGCAAGCAGCCAGCGACGCCACCAGGUUUGGGGAUCCAAUGAAAUUCAGGGCCAAGUUUUGGAGGUUUGGAUUCGCCCGCGCGGCAUCCGGGCUUGCGCGCUUGGCAUGUCGAAGGGUUAUGAAUACGGCAGCGUCGGAGUUCCGAGCCUUGGGACGAAAAUACAGCCUCGGGACGAGCCCUUAUCUGUCGGCCACCCGAACCGGACAGACCGCCUAUUGGACGAUGAUCAGGCUCAGUCAGAGCUUGGGCGAGACGUCCGGUAGCCACUCUAGGCUCCCAGGGAGAACCAGAUGUGUCUCGGGGGAGUGUUAACGGUGGAAUGGGGCGGUGGUAUCGAACGGGCCAGUGGCCUCACAGGGGCUCUAUUGAAUGCUUGGACACAAUACGUCGCCGAGAGACAGACAAUACGUUGAGACACCCUGGAUCGUUGCUUUGUCGGUCCGUUCACUCCGAUAUUAGUACGAUCGUCUUCUGCCCCGGAUGCACAGGGAGCCGUGCUGAGGGCCGAAAGUAGCAGCGGCGAGGAAGGGCGAGGAGGGAGGGGCGUGCGUGCGAGCAGCUGCAGGAGCAGGAGGGAGCGGCGGAGUAGCAGGGAGCGGCGGAGGGCGGAGGACGGCAGGCGAGGCGGCAGCAGAGGCACGGGGAAUGGCUGCUGCCGCGAGCGGCGUGUGCCGACGUGCCUGCAAUCGGUUAUAGCAGCGGAUUUUAUGGUAACGAGUCAAAUUCCAGCCACUUUGAAUCUGGUGGCGCUGGUGGGGCUGGGAGCAACGGGAGCAGCUGCAGUGUUACACGCAUCAGCAGCAGUGACAGCGCUGCUGAGAGCACCUUCAGUGAUCCCACCACGGGCAGGAAGCGUGUGGUGAUGCUGGGGUCUGGGUGGGGCGCUGUGAGCUUCCUCAAAGCCAUAGACGCCAGGGCGUAUGACGUCACCAUCAUCUCGCCCUGCAACUUCUUCCUCUUCACCCCGCUGCUGCCAAGUGUCACCACAGGACAGGAGUGGUCGAGGGCAGGAGCAUUGCUGAACCAAUCAGGCGGAUCCUAUUGAGGCACGGCAGCACGGCUCGUUUCCUCGAAGCUGAAUGCACAACCAUUGACCCAAUCACCAAGACCCUCUCCUGCCGUGCCCCUGCCAACCUGCCCCCUCCGCUGCCUCUGCCGACUGUGUCGACGAUUGCAGGACAGGGGGGGGAAGAUGGGAGGGGAGGAGGUGGAGAGAAAGGGAGUGGCGGUGUUUCUGGUAGCGAUGGCCCUGGUGGUUCUGCUGGCGCUGCUGGUGGUGAUGCUGUUGGUGAGGCGAGGGGACAAGGGGAUACGCACGUGCAAGAGAGUGGCAGUGGGAGUGAGAGUGGGGGAGCGGGCGGUGAGUGUGGGGGAGUGAGGGAGGUGCGGUUCUCGGUGCCGUACGACAUGCUGGUGGUGGCAGUGGGGGCCACGCCCAACACAUUCAACGUGCCUGGAGUGAAGGAGCACUGCCACUUCCUCAAGUCCCUAGACGAUGCAGAGGCCAUUCGCAACACACUCAUUGAUCGCUGCGAGGCGGCGUGCCUGCCAGGGAUAGAAGAUGAAGAGCAAAAGAGUGGUGGUGGGAGGGGGCCCCACGGGAGUGGAGGUGGCAGCAGCAGUGCAUGACAUGAUGAGGGAGGACCUGUCUGUACCGCCUGUGCCCUGCACUCAAGGGGAAGGGGUCCAUCUCGUUGCUGCAGUCAGGGGAUCACAUUCUGAACAUGUUUGACCUGCGCAUAUCUGACUUCGCCGCCCGCAAGUUCCAGCGGGACGGCAUCACGGUGCGCACGCACGCGCGGGUCACAGCUGUCAACCCGCGCUCGCUCUCAGUGCGGGACUCGGGGCACGCAGGCAGUCACAGGGACAGGGACAGGGCACCACAAGCGAGCUCUGGAGGUGGACGAGUGGAUGGCAGUGAGGGGCGCAGAGGCGGGCAGCAUGUGGGCACUGGGCGAUUGUGCUGCCAUCGCUCACAG